AUGAAUCCUCUAUUCAAUACAAACACAACAAAUCGCAACUUCUCAUCCACCCCCAAAGCACUCGCAACAUACAACCAAGUCCGACGCGGCUGCCGCAAAGAGCAACGAGCGCGGCGACGUCGCUCUCCGGCGCUUUCCAACCGACCCGAAAUGAAAGGCGUAUGUCUCAAGACAGGUAUCACGAAGCCGAAAAAGCCCAAUUCGGGUGAAAGAAAGACUGCCAGGGUGCGGCUGAGUAGCGGCAGAGUUGUGACGGCAUACAUCCCCGGUGAAGGGCAUAAUGUCCAGCAGCAUAGUGUGGUUAUGGUUCGGGGUGGACGUGCGCAGGAUUGUCCUGGUGUGAAAUAUCAUCUUGUUAGAGGGGCUUUGGAUUUGGGAGGUGUUGCGAAUAGGUUGACUGCUAGGUCAAAGUAUGGCACGAAGAAGCCCAAGGCAGAUUAA